CUUUGACGAUCGACGGCGGGUGAACGCCCAACGAGUGCGGGGAGAAGCAGGAACAACAAAGGAAAGAGCGGCGAGCGACGAAUAACGCGUGCUGUCUAUGAGCCGAAAACUUGGAGUCGCUGUGUUGUUGAAAGGCCACGUUCAAGAGUCGUGACUUCCCCGGCUGGUUCCUGCUCUAGCCCCAAACGAGAGACGGCUCAUUCGAGACGCGCAGCCUCCAUGGACCUCAACGCCCCAGCACAGCAUAUUCGAUCCGAUACUGUACAGCUCCUGGACGCUGUGACACGUCGACUUGCGCGUCCAGCCUUCCUUUCCAGUAUCACGCCGUCACGGCUGCCAUCACAAGCUGCGAGCGAUGCGUCUCUGAGCCCCACACGCGACGAAGCACGGUUGCACUCUGGCCCGCUGUCCAACCAUCGGCAGUCUCAUCUCAACUUCGCAGUGACCAUUGACGAUGCGCUUGAGCAGGCCGAUCUUGUCGCCCCGCUGAUACAAGAGCCUUGUGCUGACGGGACCUCGCCAAGCGUUGACACACGUGUUAGCCAGCGCCUGGAGCAAGAAUUCGUUGGAGCGCGUCACGCGUACGCAAAGAUGGCCUCAGAACGUAACUUCACAACUUUCUCUCACGGCCACCAGGAUCUUGUACUUGCCGUCGAUUUCAACUAUUUUGGUACGCGUAUGGUAACUGCGAGCUCAGACCACCGACUGAAAGUCUGGGACAAGAAGGAUGAUUCUUGGACUAUGGUCGAGAGCUGGAAAGCGCAUGAUGCCGAGAUAACAGAUGCGAAGUGGAACGGCCCCUUCAUGGGCGAAGUUAUAGGGAGCAUAGGCGAGGAUGGACGAUGUAAACUGUGGCAGGAAGAUGCUACCGAGGUGCCCCUGUCAGGUAAUCGCUUCAAGCUGAUCGCGAACCUGGUCUCAACUGGCCACGCUCCGUUCAUGUCUCUGGACUUCAAGAACAUCAUGCAAGAAACCUGGCUUGCGCUGAUUACCCGUGAUGGCCGAUUGACUGUCUAUGAACCUUCGGAUCAAAGCAGUCUGAACGAAUGGACAAUACUUGCAGAGCGCUCUGUCUCCGAAGACAACCCCCCAGACCGCCAGGAUGAAGUAGGGUUCAAGGUCGUCUUUCAUAAGGAGAAGCUACCGUGUUGGACAGCAAUCAUGGCUGGGUUGGACCGAAAAUCCCUCUCGCUAGCGGUUGCUGCGAUGAAGGACGUCUUGAUCUUCCGGACAGACAAGGCCAAGCGUUUCUUCCAGAUAGCGAAGUUGGAAGGCUCCCGACAAAUCAUCCGUGAUUUGGCUUGGGCUAAUGGGUCCAUGCGAGGCUACGAUAUCCUUGCGACUGCGAGCAAAGAUGGUGCUAUCCGCAUCUACGAACUCUCAACGCCAAGCUCAAGCAAAGCCUCGAAUGUCAACUCAUCUGUCGGUGCUGCCGCGGUUCAGCCUGAUGAAUCGCCACGUACGGACUCACGCAGGAACGCUCCUUCCGGUAUCGGAGCCGGACUUGCUGGUGCUUCAGCUGGCCCAGAUAUGCAGCCUGCAAAUGAACAGCACCCAGGGCGGAUCACUCAAAUAGCGAAGUUUACAGAUGAGCUAACGAAUCACCAUGGAGCAGUCUGGCGAGUAGCGUUCUCGCAGAUGGGAGAUCUACUGGUGUCCACAGGUGACGACGCUUCGAUUCGCACUUGGAAGAAGGCCGUCAAUGGACGAUGGGCAGAAUAUGCUGAGAUCGAGACUGCGCGUGAGAAUUAGGACGCUUCUGCGCAAGAAUCUCCCUCGCCGGAGUCUGCUAAGCAUGUUCAUUUCACCAACGAGGAUGGUGUUUCGACGUUUUAACGCCCAGAACACCUCGACGAUGAUUCGUGAACGUUCAUUAGAGCAAGUUCCCAGUUGAAACUAGAGUCGUCUGGAUGCUGAACAGCAUGGCAUACCUUAUGGUGGGACCCCACAGUGACGGCACUUAUCACAAUACCGCCGAUAGAACCAUGAAGUCAUAAUUCACCCAGAUGGUGUGCUUAUCUGCUCACACGCGUUCGAAAACAGCGGUCGUCGUUGCGUGAUGCCGUGAACGCUCGCGCAUCUCGCGU